UGCUUGGUGCCAUUCUCAGGCAGAUCAACUCGAACGGGCGUCUAGUGAACAACACGCAACGACGAUAUAUCCGAACCAAAUCCAACGAACAAUUCAAUUUUAAAUUUCACAAAAGCAACAAAAAAUCGCAAAAUGGUUUACGAAAGUGGAUUUACAACUCGCAGAACGUACUCCUCGAGGCCGGUGACAACUUCUUACGCCGUUACGUACCCCUCUGUUGAGAAAGUAACUCGUGUGUACAAGUCGAGCUACCCCAUCUACUCGAGCUACUCGGUGCCCCGACGCAUCUUCGGCGCAACCCGGGUGGUCACGUCGCCCAUCCGAGUGGUGACCUCCCCUGCCCGCGUGGUGUCCCGCGUCAUACACUCUCCAUCGCCUGUUCGCGUUGUCCGCACGACGACCCGAGUGAUUUCAUCGCCGGAGCGCACCACCUACUCCUACACUUCGCCAUCGACCUACUACAGUCCUUCUACAACCUACUUGCCAUCGACCUACACUUCGACCUACAUCCCGACAUCGUACACCACGUACACGCCGUCCUACGUCUACAACCCGACCACGGUCACCCGGGUGUAUGCCCCCCGUAGCUCGCUAUCGCCGCUGAGGAUCACCUCCUCGCCGGUGAGGAUCGUGACCAGCCCGGUUCGGGCCGUGCCCUCCUACCUGAAGAGGCUGCCGCCUGGCUACGGUGCUCGGGCCCUAACCAAUUACCUCAAUACCGAACCCUUCACCACCUUCUCCGAGGAAACAGCCCGGAUUCGCAACCGCGCGCAAUCCCUGGUUCGUGACUUGCACACUCCCGUGGUGCGCCGUGCACGUAGCUGCACUCCCUUCCCCGUCACUGGUUACACUUAUGAGCCGACAUCGCAACUAGCCUUAGAUGCCUAUGUGGCCCGUGUCACAAACCCCGUGCGUCACAUUGCCAAGGAAGUGCACAACAUUUCGCACUACCCCAGGCCAGCAGUAAAAUAUGUUGAUGCCGAGUUGGACCCUAACCGUCCAUCUAGAAAAUUUUCUGCCCCUAGGCCCCUGGAAGACCCGCUCGAUGUGGAGGCCAAGGAGAAGCAGCGUCUUCGCCAGGAGCGUCUGCUGACGGUCAACGAGGAAGCUCUGGACGAACUGGACUUGGAGAAGAAGCGUGCCCAGAAAGCCGAUGAGGCCAAGCGUCGGGAGGAGAGGGCUCUGAAGGAAGAGAGGGAACGCCUGGCCGCUGAGGCCGAGAAACAGGCUGCUGCCAAGGCCAAGAAGGCCGCCGAAGAAGCGGCUAAAAUCGCUGCCGAAGAGGCUCUUCUGGCCGAGGAAGCCGCGAAAAAGGCUGCCGAAGAAGCGGCCCAAGAAGCCGCUCUUAAAGCUGCCGAAGAAGCUCGCUUGGCCGAGGAAGAAGCCGCCCAAAAGGCUGCCCAGAAAGCCGCCGAAGAGGCUGCCAAAAAAGCUGCCGAAGAGGCUCGUUUAGCCGAAGAAGCUGCCCAGAAGGCUGCUGAGGAAGCGGCCCAGAAAGCCGCCGAGGAAGCGGCCCAGAAAGCCGCCGAGGAAGCCGCUCUGAAGGCCGCCGAAGAGGCGCGUCUGGCCGAAGAAGCAGCCCAAAAGGCCGCUGAAGAAGCCGCCCUGAAGGCUGUCGAAGAGGCGGCACAGAAGGCCGCCGAGGAAGCCCGUGCCGGCGAAGAGGCUCGCCUGGAGGAGGAGCAGCGUCAGCGGGAACAGGAGCUGGAGCGCCUGGCGGAGAUCGAGAAGGAGAGCGAGGGCGAACUGGCCCGCCAGGCCGCCGAGCUGGCCGAGAUCGCCCGCCAGGAGUCCGAGAUCGCCGCCCAGGAGCUGCAGGCCAUCCAGAAGGGCGACAACGAGGCCACCGAGCCACUGGUCGAGGAGCCCAUCACGCCCAUCGAGGAGCAGGAGCCCACCAUCGAGCUGAGCUCCAAUGUCACCACCACCACUGGUGGCAACGACUACGAGGAGGAGGUGGAUGACGAGGAGGAGGACGAGGAGGAGGAGGAAUAGAUUCUACACAAUCAUCAAGCUGUCAACCUAAUUUAAAAGAAACAAUAAAAAACAAUGAAAAACUA